AUGAAGGCCAUCCUCGCUCUCUUCGCCCUCCUCUUCGUCGUCAAUGCUGCGCAGGCCGUCCUGUUCUUCUGCCAGGACAGCACCUUCGACCCCGAGCAGCCCUCCUUCGACAACCUGCUCGACUUCUACGCUGAGCGGAGCGACUUCAGGGGCCUGAGGGACUACUUCUACGACAUCACCCACAACGCCGAUCUCGGUAACACCACCGUCGAGGCGGACAUCAUCGACCUGCUCAAGGCCAAGCUCACCGAGCAGGGCUACGACCUGGCCACCCACAGCUUCACCAUCACCCGCUCCAACGGUGACAUCACCAUGGACACUGGUCUUGGCGUCAACCCCGUCAUCGAUAACCACGGUGGUCGCUACUCGCUCGGCAAGCCCAUGCUCUGCAGGGACUUCGAGACGAUCGUCUUCGACUACACCUACGUGACCCGCACGGGCAAGCAGUACAGGUUCUGGUCGCAAGCCGUCCAGACCAGCGUCCAGAAGCAGUUCUUCUCCUUCAGGUGGAACAUCAUGGUCAACUAG